CUGGAACUACAUCCAAAAUGAAGAUCCCUGUAAGAAAGUCUUGCUUAUCCCUGAUAGUCUUGUCUGCGUUAGUAGAAGUAAUAAGAGCAAACGAAAAUGCAAAUUCUUCCGAAGAGGUACGAAAAGGUCGAGUAAAUGGACGAAUAGUUAAACUAUAUUCUGGAUAUAAACCAGAUCCUGUUUUGUGCACUGAAGACGGUUUCAAAGCUGAUCCUGUUCAAUGUUCUGUAUUCUAUCGAUGCUUGAAAUCAUCUAGUGGGAAAUUUACAGUCUUCAAAUUUCAAUGCGGACCAGGUACUGUUUAUGAUCCCGAAACUGAAGUUUGUAAUCAUCCUAGUAGUGCAAAGCGAUCUGAGUGUGGUGGCAUAAAAUCGCAUGUUGAACGAGACAAUGAAAACGAAAAUGAAAUAGAACAGCAUGAAUUGCCUUCACCUAUAAGUACAAAUUCACCGGUAUAUACAAGUGAUUCAAAUAAAAAUACUUAUGAAGCUCCAAUUAAUCCAAAUCUGAGUAGUUCAAGCAUAUUUAUAACGUCUGCAGAAAAUGCAUUCAUAAAUUUACUCACGACUUCAUCAACACCUUACCAAGUAGGAACAAAUAAUAAAGAAGUUGAAGAUAUCAAUAAAAUUUUAGUAACUUAUCCUCGGACAGAUAAUAAAAAUACGACGCAACAAAAAACUUCAUCAACUACUAUGUUCCAAAUUUUAGAAAACAGACAGGCCUGUACUUCUGAAGGAUUUAUGGGGGAUAGUGAGAACUGUAAAACGUUUUAUCGAUGUGUCAGUAACUUACGUGGAGGAUUUAUACGUUAUGAAUUUCAAUGUAGUGAUCCUACAGUCUGGGACGACUACAUGCAAAGCUGUAACCAUCCUUGGGCAGUUCGAAAUGGACGAUGUGGACGUGGUGACAUAAAUAACGAAAACCAUGAAGAAGCCUCAAAUAUUCUAAACGAUGCACCACUAGAUCUGACGGAUGUGAAUUCCGGUGCUACGCAUCCUGAAAUCUCAAAUCGAAAUAGUAGUGAAAAAAGAAAGAAAAAUGAAUCUUCGGCAAAUUACGGAGAUCAAUUAAGUAAUUUUGAUGGGAACAGUAUAGAAAAAAAUCAAAUAAAUUCUGAAUCCCAAUUCAACCAGCCAACAAAAGUGGUAGAUAAAAAUGGAGAAACAAAUGAAAUUAUUAAUAUAGAUGACAUAAAUAAUAACUAUAACUUUGGUCAAAAGUUACAAGCGACCGAUUUUACAAAUAAGUUUGCAGAAAAUAGUGCCCCACAAUAUACUGGAAUGGAAAGACAUUUUAUUUGUACACACAGUGGUUUUUUUGGAGAUUAUAAUGAUUGUCAAAAGUUUUACAGAUGUGUGGAGAAUGGUAAAGGUAGUUUUAAGAAGUAUGAAUUUACAUGCAGUGAAGGUACAGUAUGGGAUAAGAAGCUAGAAGCAUGUAAUUAUGCUUGGGCUGUUAAAGAAUGUGGUGGUACAUCAACAGUUGAUAGUUUGACAGCAGCUCUAAGUACAACAUCAACUAGUACAAGUGAUUAUGCUUUAAGCGAAACUGGAGAUAAUGGAUAUACAAAUCAGGUGAAACAGGAACAUGAACCGCCAACAACUAUUACAGUUAAUACACCUGUAUCGUUAAUUUCAACAACUGAGGCUUCAAAAGAUAUAGGAACAGAUUGUACAACAACGGGUUUUAUAGGAGAUAUGAAUGAUUGUAAGAAGUUUUAUAGAUGUGUAGAUAACGGAAGAGGUACAUUUACCAAAUACGAAUAUAAAUGUGGUGAUGGAACUUUAUGGGAUCAAAGUAUUGAAGCAUGUAAUCAUGCUUGGGCCGUUAACUCUUGUAAAAUUGUUUUAUCGAGUAGCACAAUUCGUACAACGAGUGUGUCUGCUGCUCAACAAACCUCUACUACAGAACGCUUGAUUCAGCCUACAACCCCAGAUAAAUCACAAGAUUAUAACGAAGCUUAUGGGCCGCAAGAUGUAACACCAUUAGAUCCUGGAAUAAACUUACAUUCGACGUUAGCACCGAUGAUAAGUCAGAAAACAAAUUGCGAAUCAACCGGAUUUAUAGGCGAUACCAACGACUGUAAAAAGUUCUACAGAUGCGUUAAUAAUGGGCAAAGAGGCUUUAUCAAAUAUGAAUUCUUUUGUGGCGAAGGUACAGUCUGGGAUCCUGAAAUUCAAGCGUGUAACCAUGCCUGGGCAGUAAAGCACUGUGGGACAAGUAUUCCAUUGAAAAACGAAGUUCCGUCUAGCUCUGUGCCUAAUAUACAUACCCCGACAAAUACUCCUGCUGAGGGAACAACUACAGCUAUUUCAUCUAUAAAAACUACAACGACCGUAUCUGAGGAAAUUAGUGAGUAUGAUUCGGGCUACGGUCAACAACAAAGUGUAUCUACAAAACGACCAGAUAUUGAUUCGGACACAACUACAUUGAAGCAAAUUCAUAGUCAGUCAAAUAAAUGUGAGUUGUCAGGAUUUAUUGGUGAUGUUGACAACUGUAAUAAGUUCUUCAGAUGUGUAGAUAAUGGAAACGGUGGUUUUAUUCGUCAUGAGUUUUCAUGUGGAGAAGGUACCCUUUGGGAUCCCGAAAUAGAAGCUUGCAACCAUGCCUGGGCAGUGAAAAAUUGUGGAGGUAGUAUGCCUGCUAAAGAAAAUAUUUUAACUAGCUCUACUACUAAUUUGAAUAUCGUUGAAUCAAAUAAUGAGUACGUAACACAAAAUAAUAUGGAUAGUGAAAGUACCACACCAUACAGUCAUUUCCAAACGACAGCAAUAUCUAAUAUAAAUGAAAAUAAAGAAUGUACAACAAAUGGUUUUAUGAGUGACAAAAGCGACUGUAAAAAGUUUUAUAGAUGUAUUGAUAGUGGUAAUGGCAAAUAUACUAGAUAUGAUUUUACUUGUGGUGAAGGAACCCUGUGGGAUCCUCAAAUGAAUGCAUGUAAUCAUGCCUGGGCCGUAAAAGGGUGUAAAAAUUCUAAUGUUUCUGACAUAUCUGCGAAACCUACUUCAAAUCCUAGUAGCGGUGUAAUCAUUGACCAAACCACACCAACUCAUCCACAUUCUAACAAUUAUAUGGAAACUACAAUUCCACCCAGUUCCUCAGCUUCCUCGAUAUCUGUAACAAAUCCGAGUAAAGAGUGUGAAUCAAGUGGAUUUAUGAACGAUGUCAAUGAUUGCCAGAAAUUUUAUAGGUGUGUGGACAAUGGUAACGGAGGCUUCGUUAAACACGAGUUUAUGUGUGGUACAGAAACCGUUUGGGAUAGUGAAAUUGAAGCGUGUAACCAUAAAUGGGCUGUUGCAAAUUGCGGAAGUAAUUUACACAGUGAAUUUGUAAAAACUACAACUCAAUCAUUAUCAUCGAAGAGCCCUAUAGCAGAAUCAGAUGGUACAACGGUUUCUGUUGCUUUUUCAUCUUCGACUAUAUCUACAACAUCAGUAACUCACUAUCCUUCCCGUGAAGAUGGAGUAUGUAAUUCAGAAGGAAUUUUCUCUAAUCCUAAUGAUUGCAAGAAAUUGUAUCGUUGUGUUAAUGAUGGCAAAGAUGGAUAUACGAAAUAUGAGUUUUCUUGCGCAGACGGUACCGCUUGGGAUGCAAAUACUCAGUCUUGCAAUCAUUUGAAUACAGUUGAGGCCUGUAAAAAAUCACCUAACAUACCAGAAAUAAACCCAAUUUAUGAUGAACAAUCAGAUAAAGAGUCAGAUAUUACAAAAACUACAACUUUAGCGACAACGAGUACAACUGAUGACCUAAAACAAAAUAUUUGCAAAGAAGAGGGAUACUUUGGAGAUAAAAAUAAUUGCAAAAACUUUUAUAGAUGUGUUCAUGACCAAGACGGGUACACAAAGUAUGAUUUUACUUGUGGAGAUGGUACAAUUUGGGAUCAAGACAUAAUUGCCUGCAAUCAUCCAUAUGAUGUCAAAUCCCCCUCUUGCAGGGCUAACACUGAGAGCACUUUACCUACAAGUACCAUUUCGACAUCACCAGCUGUCAUUUCGACAACAACAGCUAGUAAUAAUGAAGCUCCUUUACCUAGUACUGAAACAGAAAAACCUGCGAGCGCAUCAAGUGAAGCAGUUUCUAAUAACAACGAAACGAAACCAAACUGCAAUAAUAGUACAAUUGAAAAUAACAAGAAUGAUAGCAAAAACUUCACUUGUACUAAAGCUGGAUUUUAUUCUGACCCAAAUAAUUGCAAAAAGUUUUAUAGAUGUGUUGAUUGGGAAAAUAAUGGUCAAAAGUUUUCAAUUUAUCACUUUGAUUGUGCUGAUGGGACCAUAUGGGACCCAGCUCUAGAAACUUGCAAUCACGAAGAUUCCGUAUAUCCUCCACGAAAUUGUAAUGGUACAAAACAACAAAAUGAAAAUACCACAGGAACAUCUUUAACUACUGAACAAACAACAACAACAUCUUAUCAAUCUGAAUCAACUACCACAUCCUCCAAACCUACUAAAACUACAACGCAAUCAACAACUACUACUGAACGUACAACAACUAAGGCACCUACAACACAAACAUCAACGACUAAAAAGCCCCCAACACAGUCAUCAACAACUAAGCAGUCAACAACACAGUCAUCCACAACUGAGGAGUCAACAAAACAAUCUUCGACAACCGAAGAAUCAACAACUCAUUCAACUUCAACUGAAGAAUCAACAACACAGUCAACAACAGAAGUGACAACAACUCAACAAACUACAGUAGGAACAUCAACCACAAAUGAACAAUCUACACAACCGGUUUCAACAACUACGGAAACAGAUCAAGACCAGACAACAAAAUCGAGUACUUUUCAAUCCACUAAUGAAGAUACCACAACUCUAGAACCAAGUACAACUACAACACAAAUGACGACAUCUACAACAGAUCAAACUUCUACUACUACUGAGCAAUCUACGUCAACAGUUGAAACUUCAUCAGCAUCAACAACAGAACCGAGUACAACUACAACACAAAUGACGACUUCUACAACAGAUCAAACUUCUACUACUACUGAGCAAUCUACGUCAACAGUUGAAACUUCAUCUGCAUCAACAACAGAAAGUAAUCAGGAAUCAAGUACAGAACAAUCAAAUAACCAUGAAUGCCCCGACACCGCUGAUGAUCAGUCUUUAUACGUUUGUCCCACUUCAUUUAAAAGACAUCCUAAAUAUUGUAAUUUAUUCUAUCAAUGCACUGAAGAUAACGACAGCCACGAAUUAAAAAUAGCAGUAUUCAACUGCCCAAAUAAUACUAUAUACGAUGAAAGUAAAAUUCAGUGCGUGGAAAAAGAAAAGAGCAGUAAAAAAUGUAAUGGACAAAUAUCACAAAAAUAUAGAGUUAAACGAUUAGGCGCUGCUCAUUAUGACCAGUUUAUAGCCACAAAGGAAAGUAUGGCAUGUCGCAAUUCUGGACAUUUCCCUUUUGAAAAACAUACAGAGUGUUCCUCAUCUUUACUAAAAUGUGAAUUAACCAAAUCAGGAAAGUUGCGAGGUUUUGUUUAUAGAUGUCCGGAAGGUUUUGUUUAUUGGAAUAUUAGUAGAAGAUGUGAACCCAUAAAUAAAGUAAGAGAUUGUAAACGUUCAUCUUAUCCAUGGAAGAGAAGAUAUGACAUACCAUUGGAAAAGUUUAAUAUUGCAUCCUAACGUUAUUAUUUAAUGAACAGUUUGUACAUUUAUGUACAAUGAACAAAAAUCAUGAAAAACGCAAAAACUAGCGGAUAGUGGCCUAUAAAAGAUCGAUAUUGUAUGAAAAACGUUGCACAGAAAACCCAUCACCACGGCAUGCCAGCCAGGACUAUAUCAAAUGCAGCCGUCCCGAUCCGUCCCCACAAUUUAAGCCAUUACCGAAACUUCCCUGAUUCUUGCGAGAUUCAUGAUGCAGUUUUGAGUUAUAAUAACUUGUAAAUAGUAGUUUUGCUUAAGAUAAAGUAGCAAGCUAGAUUGCGUAUCACCAUAAAAAAAACUCAGCGUUGAUUUAUUAAUUCUAGUCCGCUUACUAUUAUAAAAAAAACGAUUGAUUUAAUACUAUGUAAAAGUGCUGCCAUAAUGCUAAGACACGAAUAAUACUACU